UCGGAUUCCCAUCCCUCUCUCGUACACACGGUUGACAUCACGGUUCUUGGUGGCAUGGCAUGCGUUCCUACCUCUGGCUCUGUGGGAUCAAUGUCACUGGAUGGUGGUACCUGCAACACUGCUCAGCGCAGCGACUCUUUUCUGCAUAGAGGAGUCCAUCAGUGGGACAGGGGACUGUAUGCGUAUUGUCUGAUUGUCCUACCCCUGUUCCCACUCUCCCUACCCUCCCCGUACUCUGUGACCACCGGGACCUCUCAAGUACCGCAUCAGUUCACUCUGAUGUCGAUGGAACAGGACACCGGGGCACUGCCACGACGCAGUGCCAGGCUCGCAGUUCGUAGCCGCCCUGUGGUACCUCCAACACCCAAGCAGCGACUCAGCAAGCGGAAGACUCCAGCAGCAUCAUGUACAGCAAUAACAGUACCGAGUACCACCGGGGUUCUUCCCACAUGCCCGGUCCAAGGGGCCGGUGAGCCGAUGGCAGCUUACCUUCAGCGGGUACAGGCAUUCACAAAUGCCGUAGCUACCGCAAAGGCACAGGAGGAGGCAGCAGAGGCGGAACGUCAGCGGCUGGCCAAUGAGGCGGCGGCCCAAGCUCAGCAGACUGCUGAGGCUGACGCCGUGGUGCGAGACAAGCCGAACGCCAUUUGCAUGGAGUCCUUGACUAUGAAUGAGAGUGAGUGGACGACACUGCUCCAAGGCAUGCUGUUUGUGCCUUCGGAAACACAGGCGGAUCCGACACCAGCGGAGGAAGAAAGGAGCAACCUGGAUAAUCUGAUGUUGAAUAUGAUGCGAGCGAUCAUGUGGAACAACACGAUGUUAAUGGUGCAAAUACACGAGGGCAGACAGCUGCGACAGAUUCAGCAGAAUGAUUCUGCAGCCUUAACAGCUGCUGUUCGCGCUGCCGCCACACAUCAGCAACAACAGCAACAGCUGUUGAACACCACCACCGCACGCGUCAACAACAUCGAUGCUAAGGCCUCAGCAGCGCCAGGCUGCACGACGGACGCGACGAAGCAGCUCAACGAGCGCAUCGAUCACGUCGUCACUAUCAUCGACGAUAUAGGCAAUUUCACUAGCCCGGCCACAAUCAGCAGCGCGGUGGCCGCCAUCAAGACGGACAUCACCAAGCUGAGACGAGACCGGACGCCGCUACGAAGACUUACAAGAUGCCGCACUUUGACAUCAGCAACAUCAUGCCGCACUGUCCCGGCGGACGACAUGAUGAAGGCACUCUACUUACAACUGAUUGGAGGAGCGCAGGCAUGGAUGAACCAUCUGGCGGCUACCAAGAAAUGCACCAUCGCCGAACUCCGCACGCACAUUCUGUGGAAGGAGUUCGAGAAGCUAUGGCUCACCCGGUUCAUGGUUCGCAACGUCGUGAAGGCAACCAUGAACGAGGUGUACAUCUGCUCUCAAGGGAGUAUGCCAACUCGAGACUGGACAACUAAGUGGCAGAAGAUAGUGAACACGCCAGGCUUCGAUUUGAGUUUUACCAAUCAGCGAUCCGAGUUCUUCUCGCGAUCGUGCGCAGGACUGCGGUCGACACUCAACAACGAGUACGAUUAUGAUUCAUUCCAGGCCAUUCUGGAUCGUGCGAACUUAGUCAUCCAAACGGAUGACAAGGCCGCAAACGAAUGGCAGUCCCAACCGCAUUAUGUGGCUAAGCAGGGCUAUCAACGACCGGCACAUAACAAUGCUGUAAUUUAUGAAGAAACAGUCGAUCUCCACGCUAAAGCAGCAUCCUCGAGUGAUGGAGGAUUUGUAGCAGCGCUCCUGCCGAAGCGUCCCAAGAGAGUUUGGAAGAACAAGGCGACACAAGAGACGACAUCGACGGGAAAUGGGCAGCAGCCAUGGACGGCUUACAAGAUAACCAAGGAUGUCUAUGACCUUCGUCAAAAACUUGAGGAGCUUGACACGCUCACGAGAGAGAACUUCGCUUGGAUGCCUCUACCCUCGACCGGAACCUUGCCAAGGCCGCAUUGCAACGUCUUAAUUGCAAAUCUACGCUCCUAUUUUCACACUACAGUACCAGCUCCGUUGACGGACGACGGAGUAGCGGUUGUCGAUCUCCGCUCCUAUCUUGCGAAGAUUGACCGCGAGUACCCCACCCAAAGGUAUGCCGAAACCGACGCUCCUUUGCUCAAUAUCCGCAUUCAAAUCGGAAAGGCAACCUGUAGUGCCUUGAUUGAUUGCGGUGCAUCUCGCAACUUUAUGAGCCAAGUCUUUAUGGCCCGCGCAGGUCUUGGCCCGCGUCUUCGAAGGAAGACGCAACCUACGCAAGUUACACUCGCAGACGGCCGCACACAAAAGUCAAUUGACCGAUGCGUCGACGGCGUUCCGGUAUACUUUGCGCCACUUGCGUGCGAGCCGGUGUCUUUUGACAUCCUCGACACCAAGUUCGACAUGAUUCUAGCCAUGUCUUGGUUGCGUAGCGCCGAUCAUCCGGUGAACUUUCAUGACCGAACCGUUCACAUCCGUGAUCGGAACGAAGUGUUAGUCCCAUGUACGGUUGCGACCCCUCACACUUCGAUUGCUUGUCACGUGGUUUCCGUUGCGAGAAUUCGCGACGCCAUAGCUCGGAAUGACGUCGAGGAGAUGGGCCUUGUAUUCUUGCAUGCUCUCCCCUCGCCGGACGGACCAGCCGCGUCACCGCCGAACCCACGCAUUUCUCACCUCUUGGACGAGUAUAGGGACGUCUUCGAGGCUCCCACCGGAACAAAUCCGGAUCGGCCCAUACGUCACGGGAUCACUCUCGAGGCUGGCGCCGUCCCUCCGCGUGGAUGUAUCUACCGCAUGAGCGAAGAGGAACUCGAGGUGCUUCGCGCACAACUCGAUGAUCUUCUCGACAAGGGCUGGAUUCGCCCUAGUUGCUCGCCAUACGGUGCACCUGUUCUCUUUGUCCGGAAGAAGAACAAAGAUCUACAGAUUGAAGUCCAGCCUCAAGAUCGGUACAAGGCCGUGUUCAAGACGCGGUACGGGCAUUUUGAGUGGGUUGUCAUGCCCUUUGGCCUCACCAAUGCCCCCGCAACUUUUCAAGCAUUUAUGACGACUGAGUUUCGCGACUCGCUCGAUCGCAGCGUCCUCAUCUACCUAGAUGACAUCUUGGUCUAUAGCAGGACGUUGGACGAGCACAUCACACACCUUCGCGCUGUUUUGAAUUGUUUGCGACUGGCCAAGUACAAAGCGAACCGCGACAAGUGCGAGUUCGCCAAGCAAGAGCUUGAGUAUUUGGGCCACUAUGUUACGCCAAAAGGAAUUCGUCCCUUAGCGGACAAGAUCCAAGCCAUCGUGGAUUGGCCGGAACCCCGUUGUACAACGGAUGUACGCUCUUUCAUGGGUUUGGCUGGAUACUAUCAGCGAUUCGUUGAGUCAUACUCGAAAGUGGCCGCUCCUUUGUCGAGACUCCAGUCCCCGAAGGUGCCCUUCGAGUUCGACGACGCAGCCCGUGGCGCGUUCACUACGUUGAAGGCAGCGAUGCAAGCCGCACCUGCCCUCCGUAUAUACGACCCCACCCUAGCCACCCAAGUGACUACGGACGCUUCGGGAUACGGUAUUGGUGCGGUGUUGGAACAGUGUCACGAGGACGGUUGGCAUCCGGUCGAGUAUUUCUCCCAAAAGGUGCCUCUCGUAAACACUCUCGUCGACGCUAGGAAGAAAGAGCUACUCGCGUUCGUCACCGUUCUCAAACGGUGGCGCCACUUUAUUCUCGGCCGUCGGCGUUUUAAAUGGAAUACGGACAACAAUCCGUUGACCUUUUACAAAACGCAGGACACAGUCACUAGCACGAUCGGUCGAUGGAUGUAUUACAUCGACCAGUUCGAUUUUGACCCGUGCCACAUUCCCGGUCCCGCCAAUCGAGCUGCGGACGCCCUCUCACGACGGCCCAACUUUUGUGCCAUUGUGACCACGACAUUCGACCUCGAUGACAAUCUGCAGCCGCAUUUCGUCAAAGGCUACAAGUCCGAUCCAAGUUACUCUACGCUAUAUGCAGAGCUCUCAUUGGAUCACCCGCCGGCUAGCCACUUUCGGAUUUUCGACGGGUUCCUUCUCCUUCACACGAGAGGAAAGGACUCGUUAGUUGUGCCCCAAGAUCGCAUCGUACGGACUCCGGCGGAGCUCGCACGACUCUUGCACAUCGGUUGGAUUACCAACCAGGGUGUUCCGGAAGACAUAGUGAGCGACCGAGAUACUCGCUUCAUGUCGACCUUUUGGACUUCCCUCAUGGCUGAGUCCGGUACGACAAUGAAGCCGAGCUCGGCUCGGCACCCGCAGACGGAUGACCAAACGGAGCAAGCGCACCAGACCGCUCAGAUGAUGUUGCGUACGCUCAUCCGUCCUGACCAGAAAGAUUGGGUUGACCGGCUUCCGGACGUCGAGUUCGCCUAUAACACUUCGGUGCACCCGGCGAUCUGCGUCACACCAUUCGAGCUACAUCAUGGUGGAGAGAAAGCACGGAUCUUCGCUGAUCUCCUUUUGCCACAGGCUGCCGACAUAGACGUCCCUUGCUCUCCUGCUUCCGUUCGGAAGUACCGGGACUUGCUGAUCAAAGCCCGCGCGAAUACGCAAAAGGCUCAAAUCCGCAUGCAAGAGCAAGCUAACCGACGUCGACUUCCAUGUCCUUUCCGCGAGGGAGACCUUGUUUGGGUCCUCUCCGAGGAAUUUGCGCUCGAGCAGGAYGUUUCGCGCAAACUCCUUCCGAAAUGGUUCGGACCAUGGGAAGUCACUUCUGCCGUUCGAGACGACCCUACAGGUCCUUCCUUCGUGAUCAACAUUCCACCGCACCUUACAGUUCAUCGGGUCUUCCACGCAUCAAAGCUGGCCAUCCACACGCCACCUUCAGUUGGCGAGUUUCCCGGACGUCGAUCACAGGAUCCGCCUUCCAUGGACGGACAUCAGGAAGUGAACCGAGUCAUCACGCACUGCAAGUAUGGCAACAAGCCAAUGCAGUACAAAGUCACAUUCAAGCAAUGUGCGCCUGACGACACUCGAUGGAUCUCUAGUGCAGACUUGCAGACUUCUGCACCCCUUAUCUUCGCCAACUAUGAGAAGACACGACUUGCCAAGGCAGCAGCUCGUCCCACCCGACCCAUCCCGGUAGGAGUGGUUAUCGAAGAGCCGUUCCCGAUGCUUGCGCUCGAUCAAAUGUGCGCAUGUACCCAGGAGCAGAUCUUGCAAUUCACAGCGAUGGAGGACGUUGUAUCUGUUCUUGUUGAGUCCCAUGGACCAGGAUCGGCAAUGCGCGCAGGGUCGGGUGCUGCCCUUGGAACUGGGAUGGGACCUGGCACUGGUCUCGUAGACGGUCCGGCUCUGUCGAUUGUCCCAACAUUGUCGAAAGAUCCUUCUACUCUGUCGUCGACAAUAUUGACCAAUGGAGCAGCGACAGCUAGCGCUGGCACAUCACAUGACAUGUGCUCUAGAGGGCCGAUGGGAAAACUUGAACGCCACGAUCAUCUCGAUUUCUCAUCUCUGUUUCCAAACUCAGAGAGUCCGGUCAUUGCAACGGCCGCUGAUGCUGAGAAGUUUCACGGCAUACCUAGUGCGAUUGUCAUCCGUCUGAACUUGGUCCGAUUUGUGUGCGAAAUGCUUAGUGCGCUUGCAAACAACAAGUCUGCGCAGCAUGGUUUGCUGUUUCACGGCAUACCUAGUGUGAUUGUCAUCCGUCUGAACUUGGUCCGAUUUGUGUGCCAAAUGCUUGGUGCGCUUGCAAACAACAAGUCUGCGCAGCAUGGUUUGCUUCUACUGCGGUUGGUCUGUUUGCAACUCUGUGCUUUUCUUCUCUUCAAAUCUGUAUUUGAAGCCAGGGAGCCGGAACCUGGUCCACUUUGUGUAAACAAUGCUCAGUGCACGUGGAAACAAGUAGUCUGCGCAGCAUCGUUUGCUGCUUCUGUGGAUGCUUGCUCUGUCUGCAACUGUGUGGCGUUUGCUCGUCAGCUCUGUGUUUGAAGUUUGAACCCAGGGAGUCUGAACUUGGUCCAAUUGGUGUUAAAGCACCAGUACACCACAUAUCGGCCCGCAGGUGUCAGCAUGAAACCCGCGCCACUUCGGAGACCGCCGAUUUUUUUUUUCGGCAGCGGGCCUGGCCGCGCGGCGCCUCCAAGUUUUGCUUGUGGCGACAAAAACUUUCUGCAAGGCUGCUUUACGAAUUGCGAGGAUAUCUGUCCUUGGCAUGACCCUUAGGGGCCCCCUACAGCAGGCAAGUGCCCGCCCUAAGUGACGGUGGGCCCUGCAUCUCAAUGAGGCCUGAAAUUGUCAGUUUUGCACAGCCUUGGUGGGCGCCGGACAGUUACCACGCGCCAGUUGGUUACAUCCGCCUUGCUCGUGAGAAUCAGAAAUAUUUGUGAGCCUUCUAGGCACUUCCAGCAGCAUGGGGAAAAGCGGAGAACACCGCACGUUUGUGCCUGGGUGGUUGGGCAUGCUCAACCAAAUCGGUCCCAGACCACUGUCUGAAUGGGCCUGGGCGCAGACACUUUGGCCCAAUCGGAAGCUAAUGGAAAUGUGUGCGCCCCAGGCAUAGCAGUGAGCAGGCCAGGCCAUUUUGAUACAGGGAAGUGCCUGGUUGUGCAUCAUUGAUUGGGGCACUGGGCAGUGGAUGCUGCAGUGCUGCUGGAGAUUUGGCUCGUGCGUGACUGCUUGCUUGCGCUGGUGCUGGGAAACGAGCGUGGUAGCUGGGAGAAGGGCGCUGCCCCUAGGCAGCGCUAUAGACAGGCCGCCCCCAUAACCGGGCUUGGCUUGGAUGUAGUCAGCGGGUAAGGUGGUGGUCUUGCUUGGGGUAGAGAGUAGAAGUGGGAGAAGAAGACGAGGGAGAGCAUGAGAGGGAGAGUUGGAGGAGGUGAUGUGAGGGCAUGUACCUCGUCUUGGAGGAUGACAACAUGGUCGACAUCUGCAUGUACUUUGUUUGCUGCUGCUGAAGUCAACGGGUCAUUUUGUAGCUCGUGCGUAGCUGUAGGAUAGUAGUCUGGGCGCUGAGCGCCAUUAGGAGCUAGAGGUUCAAAGACAAUUGAGAUCGACGCUUUGCUGGUGGUGGCGAGGGUGCAUGCUUUCAUUGACAAUUGAGAUCGAUGCUUUGCUUCUCCUCCGGUGUGAUGUUACUGCAUUUCUGCUUGCUGGACAGCUUUAUACUAUCUGGCUUUCAAUUUUCAAUGUCAUUUUUGCAGUCUGGAAUUCUGUCAUUUCAAAUUUGCCAUUUGGUGGGGCAUUUGGAACAUGUUGCAUGCUCCGACUCAAAUGGAUUGUACUAAAAUCGAGUCUCUCUUUUUGCUCAUGUUGUUAACGGGGACCCCCAUUUUCAGGCCCUGGGUAACGAGUCCAAAACUGAAAUUAGGGUUUCGGGGUCAAAUUUUAUGUUUUUUGAAGAAGAAAACAAAAUUGGCCUGUUCUU